CCUCACAGACAGGAAGUCAGAUCAACACUCACCACAGACCAGGCAGCAGAGCACACACACAUUUGGGACACUUCUGGAGACACGGUCGCAGAACCACUGGCCGAUGCUCCCACACUCUGGAACGGGCGUCCUCACAAACAGAGCAGUGAAAACUGCACACACACACACACACACCAGAUCCAAAAUGCUCAGCGUUCAGGAGCGCAAGCCCAAGAGGCCUCACUACAUCCCACGGCCCCCAGGCAAGCCCUACAAGUACCAGUGUUUCCAGUGCCCGUUCACCUGCAACGAGAAGUCUCACCUGUUCAACCACAUGAAGUACAACCUCUGUAAGAAUUCUAUAUCACUGGUGUCUCAGAAAGGAGGCCACGCAGGGAGGCAGACCAAGACCCCUGGCCCUGCCAACCACAAACUGGCAUCUUUAACCCUGAAAGACAAAUCAGGGCCACUUCCUGUGGAGCGGCUCAUGACCCCUGAGGGUCACAGAGGAGUGGAGAACAUGAGUGAAGAGAAGGAGGAGGAGAAGGAGGAGAGAGAGGAGGAGAAGGAGGAGAGAGAGAAGGAGGAGAGAGAGGAGAAGAAGGAGAGAGAGGAGGCGUGUGGGAGUCCAGUCAGGAAAGACAUUCAGAUCAAAUCAGACACAAAGGAACUCAAAGAGGCCAAGGCUGUGCCACGCCAGUCAGCCUUCUCCCAAGUCACACCCAAUCGGGAGAACCCAGAGGUCGCGCUAAAGUCAUCCCACAACCAAUCAGGGGAGCCGUCUCUGACUCCGCCCAUGCCAUCAUUCCAUAACCCCACCUUCGCCUGGGGCCCAAUGGCAGCAGCCUCCAUGCCGCUGAAGCCCCUCCCACCUCACAUAAUACCUGAGUACCCUCCCUACCCGUUUCCUGAUCGCCACCCGGCCCUCCACCCCCUCUACCAGCCCUACUUCAUCCCAGGGACGCAUCACCUUUCUGGGCCAAACUCACAGACCUACCGGCCUAGCUUCCUGGAGACCCCACAAAGACCUGUGAUACACAUGAACCCAUCUCUCAUCCCUCCAUACCCCUACAGAUACGGUCUCCCCCUGCCCUAUGGCCUGUACCGACCCGCGGACCACCACCACCCACACCCCAUCCCUCUCCCAGGCUCCAGGUACUUUCCUCUGGAUGUGUACGACCCAAGACCAGGCCCCGGCCUGGGACCUAGGGACUAUGACUUUUACCUCCACCCCAGGCUCCAUGGUGAACCCCACAGCAGACCCACGGAGGAAGGGACCAGCCAGGUGGAGCAGAGCAGAGACAAGCCCACCAGACUGAGCCCCAUGGAGGGGUGUUCUGCCUUGGGCUCCCCUGACAGACCCAGCCCUCCCCACCCCUUCACCCAGAGAGACACUACGGAGGGUUCCAGAUGUACCGUCCUGGGGGAACUACAGCCUGUCAACCAAUCAGGAGGACCAGAGCCAGCCUCUCAGCCAAUCAGAGUAGAGCCGAGCAAAGAGGACGCACCACAGAGCUUGAUGACGCACAUGGAAAGAGGGUCGGAAGCCAACAGCGCAGAGCACUCCACCUCUGACGAAAGCAACGACUCCUCAGCUGAUCGAGAUGGUGAAGAUGAUGAUGAAGAUGAUGAAGAUGAUGAUGAGAAAGAUUUGAUGCCCCUGAACCUCUCCAAAAAGGACCAGGAGUCAGACCUCUUCACCAGCAGGGGGAGCUGUCCUGAAACAAGGCACCCGGAGGAGGACCUGCCACUGAACCUGAGCCUUAGGGCCACACCAGGCAGUCCAGAUCACUGCUCCAAAAUGGCCACCUCAGGGAGGGAGUUUGUUAGGGUCCAACCAGGCAACCCAGACCACUGCUCCAAAAUGGCCACCUUAAUCGCAGUGGAUCUCAGUCAACAGGGCUCCAGCCCAGCUCCCACCCAAACAGACAAGGAGCCCAGUGACCAACAGAGACAGACUGCAGCCCUGGCUCUCUGCCAGCUGGCUAGCUCCUCCUCUUCCUCCAGCCUCAGCUCUAUGGCAACAGACAGCCCGUCAGUACGCCCAACAGGCUGCCCCUGUCUCCCAACAACCACAGCCCUCGCCAGAGAGGUGGAACACACAACCACAGCCCUCGCCAGAGUGGUGAAACACACAACCACAGGCCUCCCCAGAGAGGUGAAACACACAACCACAGGCCUCCCCAGAGAGGUGGAACACACAGCCCUCCCCAGAGAGGUGAAACACACAACCACAGCCCUCCCCAGAGAGGUGAAACACACAACCACAGGCCUCCCCAGAGAGGUGAAACACACAACCACAGCCCUCCCCAGAGAGGUGGAACACACAACCACAGGCCUCCCCAGAGAGGUGGAACACACAACCACAGGCCUCCCCAGAGAGGUGAAACACACAACCACAGCCCUCCCCAGAGAGGUGAAACACACAACCACAGCCCUCCCCAGAGAGGUGAAACACACAACCACAGCCCUCCCCAGAGAGGUGAAACACACAACCACAGGCCUCCCCAGAGAGGUGAAACACACAACCACAGGCCUCUCCAAGGAGGUCAAACAGGAACACACAGCCGAGGGCCAGACGGACCAGUCUAGUACCCCAGUUAGGGGGGUGAAGAGAGCUGCCAGGGGAGAGAGCCAGCUCCCAGCCAGGAAAAACACCAGGCUUACAGCCCCUCACAAACAGAGACAGACUAAGAGGCUGGUGAAGGAGACAGGAGGAGGGAGAGCACUGAGGAGGAGACCUCUCUGCUGCUGAACACCAAGUGACAGUUGAACCAAUACCCAGAUAACAGGAAGUCCACAGUGGCUCAAAACCCUCACGGCCUCUAGUCUAGGACCAGGAUGUAAAGGAGUAAAGUGGAGCUGUACAGUUGAACCUCCACGGACACGCCCCUGUCUGUCUAUAGGACGAUCAAAUGUUUACCAAGCACUAAAAGCAAGACUGGUGCUUUAAAACCAAC